ACCAUCUACCGGAAGAAAACGGCACUGCAGAUAGGGGUCAAAGGACAACAGCUGUAGCGCCAAACCAAACUCUGGCACCAGGAUCCGCAUUGCUCAACAACCUUUGUACUUUAUCAGGCGAUCGUCCAUUUUCACACUGGACCUAGACCUAAGAGACUGCUGUGGAGCGGCACUUCGACUGGACUGGGCACAAGCAGACAUGUCUUUCCUGACGGACUACCUUCGUCUGGACGAUCCGAACUUCCUGAUAACGGCAGUUCUGAUCAUGUUCAGCCCGACCUACUGGAACCUCGUGGCUAGGUCAGAGUAUCGUACUCACUGGGUCACCCGUCUCUUCCGGUCAGCCCGUGUUGGCUGUAGUGUCCUGGCGGUCAGCAUCAUGUUGUUGGGUCUGCACAGGGACUGGUGGUUCCAGCAGACGCUAUACAGUCAGCCCAAAGCCUCCGCCUUACAGCUACCUGUCCUAGGGUAUGCUGUCAUUGCCAUAGGAGCAUUGUUGGUCCUGAGCAGUUUCUGGGCACUCGGCUGGUAUGGCACGUUUCUCGGAGACUACUUCGGAAUGCUCAUGGACGAACCAGUGACCAGCUUUCCCUUCAACCUGGUGUCAGACCCCAUGUACGUGGGCACUACCAUGAAUUUUGCGGGGGUGGCCCUGCUGGAGGGGAGCGUAGCUGGGCUGGUCCUAGCUGCACUUGUAGGGCUCUGCUACAAGGUGGCGCUGUUAUUUGAGGGGCCUUUUACAGAAGAGAUUUACAGAAAGCGUGAUGCUGACAAGAGGAAAGUCUAACCUACAUUCCGAAAUCAAAAACUUCACUCCAGAUGUCAACUUCUCAGAAACUCAUUGAUUCAGUCACACUCAUUGACUUCUCAAAACUAAUUGACUUUUAAACUAAUUGACUUUUUAAGAAAAACUAGAGGUCACACAUUCCUCUCUUUCAGCCAGUGCCAGUAAGUUAUUUCUAGCAUUAGUAUGUGAAG